UGAUGCCCGGGAGAAGCAGAGAGGAGACCCAGAAUACAAAAUUUCCCCAAGAUGCAGGAAAAGUCUUUUAUUAAGCACCUCGGAGAAAAAUGCAGAGCUCCGGCGUGAAGCUCAUGAAGGUCAGCCUCCACUGUGCGGCGGAAACGCAGUUCCACGGUCCCCGCCAGUCCCUCCUCUGCCCGGUAUCCUUUGCGCAGGCGCAAUUGCGCCGCGUUCCCGCCCCAGCGCGCAUGCUCCGCGGGUCCCCGGCGCUCCGGGCCGGUGGCGGCGGCGGCGGCGGCGGCGGCGACCGCAGAGGAAGUUGCUUCUUUGCACUCCACCCCGGUAGCAGCCUCGCAGCCAGGGGCAGCUUCCUCCGGGCGCUCCGCGAAGUUUUGUGCUGCAGCACGUCAAUCCAGCCGGAUCAUGGGGUUGCCCAAGGGAUCGGAGGGUCAGGGUCUCCCCGAGAAACAAGAGAAGACGAAGAACAAAAUGUCAAGUUGACUGAAAUUCUGGAGCUCUUGGUUGCAGCUGGGUAUUUCAGGGCAAGAAUUAAAGGCUUGUCGCCUUUUGAUAAGGUGGUAGGAGGAAUGACGUGGUGCAUUACCACCUGCAACUUUGAUGUAGACGUUGAUUUGCUCUUUCAAGAAAACUCUACAAUAGGUCAAAAAAUAGCUCUAUCAGAAAAAAUCGUCUCAGUCCUGCCAAGGAUGAAGUGUCCACACCAGCUGGAGCCUCACCAGAUCCAGGGCAUGGAUUUUAUUCACAUAUUUCCUGUCGUUCAGUGGCUGGUGAAGCGAGCUAUAGAAACAAAAGAAGAGAUGGGUGACUACAUCCGCUCCUACUCCAUAUCCCAGUUCCAGAAAACCUACAGUCUCCCUGAGGAUGAUGACUUCAUAAAGAGAAAAGAAAAGGCCAUCAAGACAGUUGUUGACCUCUCAGAUGUUUACAAGCCCCGUCGGAAAUACAAACGCCAACAGGGAGCAGAGGAGCUGCUUGAUGAAGAAUCUCGAAUCCAUGCUACACUUUUGGAAUAUGGCAGGGUAACUGAUUCAUUGAUGAGAUACGGAUUUAGCCGCCCAAGCAAAACAGAGAAGGCUGAGGACAAGAAAACAGCACUUCCCACGGGGCUCUUAGCUACAGAGAAAGCUGAUGCCCAUGAGGAAGAUGAGCUGCGAGCUGCUGAAGAGCAGCGUAUUCAGUCACUGAUGACCAAGAUGACGGCCAUGGCAAACGAGGAGAGCCGUCUUACUGCAAGCUCUGUGGGCCAGAUCGUGGGACUCUGCUCCGCCGAGAUCAAGCAAAUUGUGUCUGAGUAUGCAGAGAAGCAAUCUGAGCUAGCAGCUGAAGAAAGUCCAGAAAAAUUAGGAACUUCCCAACUACAUCGUCGGAAAGUCAUUUCCUUGAACAAGCAGAUUCUGCAAAAGACCAAACAUCUGGAAGAGCUGCAGGCAAAUCAUACCAACCUACAAGCCAGAUAUGAUGAAACAAAGAAAGUGCUGACAGAGUUGAACAGUCAUAGUGAGAAACUGGACAAGGAACAGGCAGCCCUCGAGAAGAUAGAAUCCAAAGCUGACCCAAGUAUCCUACAGAACUUGAGAGCACUUGUAGCCAUGAAUGAGAAGCUGAAAAGCCAGGAACAGGAGUUUAAAGCACAUUGUCGAGAGGAGAUGACACGGCUACAGCAGGAAAUUGAAAAUCUGAAAGCUGAGAGAGCUCCAGGUGGAGAAGAAAAGGCCCUCUCCAGCGGAGAGCCGCAUGAUGCCCUCGCCCCUGUGAUGACUCAUAAUGAAGACCUAGACAAACAGUAUAAUAUAGAGAAAGAGAAACUUUACAAGAUCCGUUUACUACAGGCUCGAAGGAAUCGAGAAAUAGCAAUUAUGCAUCGCAAGAUUGAUGAAGUGCCCAGCCGAGCCGAGCUAAUACAGUAUCAGAAGAGAUUUAUUGAACUCUACCGCCAGAUUUCAGCAGUACACAAAGAAACCAAGCAGUUCUUCACUUUAUAUAAUACCCUGGACGAUAAAAAGGUUUAUUUGGAAAAAGAGAUUAGCCUGCUCAACUCGAUUCAUGAGAACUUCUCACAAGCCAUGGCUUCCCCUGCUGCCCGGGACCAGUUUUUACGUCAGAUGGAACAGAUCGUAGAAGGAAUUAAGCAAAGUAGAAUGAAGAUGGAAAAGAAGAAGCAAGAGAACAAAAUGAGAAGAGACCAGUUGAAUGACCAGUACUUGGAACUGUUAGAAAAACAGAGGCUAUACUUUAAGACCGUGAAAGAGUUCAAGGAGGAGGGCCGCAGGAACGAGGUGCUGCUGUCCAAGGUGAAAGCCAAGGCCUCCUGAAACUUCCCAGCCAUCAGCGUACGUCAUUGAUUUUUGUUUAAACGCCAUAUAUCAGCUACCAGAUCAUGAAAUGGUUCUGAACACUACAGUAGAGAGAUGCAGGUAUAAUGAUUUUCAACACCCUGGAUAUUUUCUUUAUCCUGUUGGCUUUCAUUCCAUCUCUGUUGGUCGUUGUUGAUGGAUUCAGACAGUGCAAGCAUGGUGGCUUGGACAACACCCAUCAUCCUCUGAAGAAGUGUGGGCAGUAUUUGCUCUCUGUGUCGAUGAACAUUUAUUUCUCCAGUAGCAUUGCACAUGACGGUACCUAUAUCUGUAUGGACUCUCUGAAUAAAGAGGAAUUCAUUUGUUCAGCAAAUAUGAAUUGAGCAACCACUGAGAAGUAGGCGUUGAGGGAGAUGGAUGGAUAAAGCACAGUCCUCCACAUUGGGCACCCAGCCGUGGCCCAGAGAGCAGAUACAGCCCACUUGACCCCAGAGCUUGGCCAGCUGGGAGAUUUUUUUAAUAAACAAAGACCUUUAUCAUUGAAUGAUCAUCCCAGGUGAGUGAUGGUCACCUGGGCCCUUCGCUUGCCUGUAGUGCCUUUUGCUCCUGGCUCCUUGAGGUGUUGGCCAGCAAGCUUAAUAGUGUAGUAACUAGGAUGAAAGCUCAGCAUCUGCCCUUGGCUUAACCCUUAAGCAUCACUCAAGUUCAUGUCACCAGAACUGAAAACGGGCCUCACAUUGAGGACUU